AUGGCUGCAGAGCAGGUGAGUGGUGCAGCAGAGCAGGUGAGUGGUGCAGCAGAGCAGGUGAGUGGUGCGGCAGAGCAGGUGAGUGGUGCGGCAGAGCAGGUGAGUGGUGCAGCAGAGCAGGUGAGUGGUGCGGCAGAGCAGGUGAGUGGUGCAGCAGAGCAGGUGAGUGGUGCAGCAGAGCAGGUGAGUGGUGCGGCAGAGCAGGUGAGUGGUGCGGCAGAGCAGGUGAGUGGUGCGGCAGAGCAGGUGAGUGGUGCGCGCGCAGAGCAGGUGAGUGGUGCGGCAGAGCAGGUGAGUGGUGCAGCAGAGCAGGUGAGUGGUGCAGCAGAGCAGGUGAGUGGUGCAGCAGAGCAGGUGAGUGGUGCGGCAGAGAAGGUGAGUGGUGCAGCAGAGCAGGUGAGUGGUGCAGCAGAGCAGGUGAGUGGUGCAGCAGAGCAGGUGAGUGGUGCAGCAGAGCAGGUGAGUGGUGCGGCAGAGCAGGUGAGUGGUGCGGCAGAGCAGGUGAGUGGUGCAGCAGAGCAGGUGAGUGGUGCAGCAGAGCAGGUGAGUGGUGCAGCAGAGCAGGUGAGUGGUGCAGCAGAGCAGGUGAGUGGUGCGGCAGAGCAGGUGAGUGGUGCAGCAGAGCAGGUGAGUGGUGCGGCAGAGCAGGUGAGUGGUGCAGCAGAGCAGGUGAGUGGUGCAGCAGAGCAGGUGAGUGGUGCAGCAGAGCAGGUGAGUGGUGCGGCAGAGCAGGUGAGUGGUGCGGCAGAGCAGGUGAGUGGUGCGGCAGAGCAGGUGAGUGGUGCGGCAGAGCAGGUGAGUGGUGCAGCAGAGCAGGUGAGUGGUGCGGCAGAGCAGGUGAGUGGUGCGGCAGAGCAGGUGAGUGGUGCGGCAGAGCAGCGUGGCAGUGGUGCGGCAGAGCAGGUGAGUGGUGCGGCAGAGCAGGUGAGUGGUGCGGCAGAGCAGGUGAGUGGUGCGGCUGAGCAGCGCAGCGUGAGUGGUGCGCAGAGCAGGGAGUGGUGCAGCAGAGCAGGUGAGUGUGCAGCAGAGCAGGUCAGUGGUGCAGCAGAGCAGGUGAGUGGUGCAGCAGAGCAGGUGAGUGGUGCAGCAGAGCAGGUGAGUGGUGCAGCAGAGCAGGUGAGUGGUGCAGCAGAGCAGGUGAGUGGUGCAGCAGAGCAGGUGAGUGGUGCAGCAGAGCAGGUGAGUGGUGCGGCAGAGCAGGUGAGUGGUGCAGCAGAGCAGGUGAGUGGUGCAGCAGAGCAGGUGAGUGGUGCAGCAGAGCAGGUGAGUGGUGCGGCAGAGCAGAGUGGAGGGGGAGCGGGCCCCAUCGCGAAUGGCAACAGGGGGUGGCUGAGUGGAGGGGGAGCGGGCCCUAUCGCGAAUGGCAGCAGGGGGUGGCUGGUGUCGAGUGUGACCGGCAGGGAGAGAGAGUGCGGGCGGGAGAUUGUGAACGUGCUCGAUGAGUGGUGUGACAAGCUGGAGGCUGGCAAGGCGCAGGGGGAGGGGGAGGGGGAGGCACGGACUGGGGAAGGUGCAUCUGCAGGGAAGGCGAAGGGGGGUUCGUCCAUCGAUGCGCUGCUGGCGAAUGAAGUGGCAGCACUCAAGAAACAGGUGCGUGCGUGUGGAGAGGGGGUUGAGGAAACAGGUGUGUGUGUUUUGCAGCGGCUCACAGCACAAACACCCAUCACUUCCCUCUCUCGCAAUCCUCUUUUCCCUCCCUCUUCCUCCCCUUGCCCCUCGUCUUGUCCCUCCCCUUGUCCUGAACGCUCUCACCUGCCUCGGUUCGUGAGUGUGGAGUCUGGGUGCAAGGCACUGCUGUUCGUGAGGAUUAGAGAGGAUGCCAGGAAGGGGGGGAAGGGAGAGAAGGGAGGAAAGCAGUUGGAGGAGGGAGAGGAGAAGGAGGAGGAGGGUGAGAAGGAGGAGGUGGGGAAGACGGAGGAAGGGGAAAAGGAGGAGGAGAAGGGUGAAGGAGACAAGGAGGGGAAGGAGGGGGAUAAGGCCGGGGAAAAGGAGCAGGAGAAAGAGCAGGAGGAAGAGGUUACAGGAGGAGGAGAGAAGGAACCGGAGAAGGAGGGACAGGGAGGGGAGGGGGAGAAAGGGGAGGCAGGGGGAGAGCAGGGAAGGGUGUCGCCGUGUGAGUUGGCAGAGGCGGUGCUGCGGCAUGCCAAGGCCACCCAGCAGUCAGCCACUCGGUGGGUGUGGGGUAGUGGGUGUGGGGCAGUGGGUGUGGGGCAGUGGGUGUGGGGCAGUGGGUGUGGGGCAGUGGGUGUGGGGCAGUGGGUGUGGGGCAGUGGGUGUGGGGCAGUGGGUGUGGGGCAGUGGGUGUGGGGCAGUGGGUGUGAGGCAGUGGGUGUGGGGCAGUGGGUGUGGGGCAGUGGGUGUGGGGCAGUGGGAGUGAGGCAGUGGGUGUGGGGCAGUGGGUGUGGGGCAGUGGGUGUGGGGCAGUGGGUGUGGGGCAGUGGGUGUGGGGCAGUGGGCGGCAAGGCGACAACAUGA